ACAGUGACGGAGUCUUUUUCUAUCAUCCACUGAGAUGGCUUUCCUUUUUCAUCAACUUUACCAAUUUGCAUCAUGGUUUCUUCUUUUAUUAACUUCCUACAACUUUGCUGAAAGUGGCAAGGUGUUGGUGAUCCCUCAGGAUGGAAGUCACUGGCUCAGCAUGCGUGCAGUGGUGGAGAAGCUCAGUGAGAAAGGGCAUGAAAUAGUAGUGGUUGCUCCAGAGACAAAUUUGCUUUUGAAAGCAUCAGAGCAUUACACAAGGAAAACGUAUGCUGUGCCUUACACCCAGGAAGAUCUUGACCAGAGUUUUAGUAAAUUCGCUAACAGUCUCUUUCGUGAGGUCUCCUUUCCCAACACUAUCCUGGCACAAUACCGGAACGUCAUGUACAUCAUUAACAUGUAUUUUCACAACUGUGACAGCCUGCUGCAGAACAGAGAAAUCAUACAAUACUUGGAAGAGAGUAAAUUUGAUGCACUCUUCACAGACCCAGCAUUGCCAUGUGGGGUGAUCCUGGCAGAAUAUCUGUCUAUCCCUUCUGUGUACUUCUUUCGUGGUUUUCCAUGCAGUUUAGAGCAUGCAAUCUGUAAAUCUCCAAACCCUAUUUCCUAUGUCCCAAGAUGCUAUACCAGCUACACAGACCACAUGACAUUUACCCAGCGAGUGCUGAACCUAUUUGUUAGCACUUUAGAGACACCGCUGUUUAAGGAUUUGUAUACCAAAUACCAAGACAUUGCUUCAAAGUUUCUCCAGAGAGAUGUGCACUUACCAACACUUUACAGAAAUGGCUCCAUAUGGCUCCUGAGAUACGACUUUGUGUUUGAGUAUCCCAAACCAGUGAUGCCCAACAUGGUCUUCAUCGGAGGCAUAAACUGUGAGGAGGGGAAGAACCUAUCUCAGGUAUGUUCAGUGAUUCUGUUUUGUGUUUGCACUUUCAUUUUGAUAUUUUCUCUGUGGAAAAAGCUGUAG